AUGGCCCCCAACAACAGCAAAAGCGCGGCUGCCGAGUGCAUCUCGGAUGAUGCACUGAUCCAUUUGAAGUCGUACAAGUAUUCAAGUGUCGACAAGUCACCGGUAUCCUACUAUAUCUUGCGACCCUACUGGAAUGCCGCCGUCGAGCUCUUGCCGCUAUGGCUUGCCCCGAACAUGGUGACCUUGAUCGGCUUCUUCUUCAUCCUCGGCAACAUUGGCCUGCUCGUGCUCUUCAUGCCCGACCUGGUCGGACCGGUAGGUUCACCGCGCCAAGACCUGCGGCCCCUCCCCACUGGACACGGCCGAGCUGACGACGAGGAUACCAUGGACAACCUCGACGGGAAGCAGGCACGGAGGACGGGCACCUCGAGCGGACUGGGUGAACUCUUCGACCACGGCAUCGAUUCGCUGAACUGCACUCUUGCCAGCCUCCUUGAGACGGCUGCCAUGGGCCUCGGGACUUCCCACUCGGGCGUCUUCACCGCACUGUGUCCCUGCCUACCCAUGUUCUUCUCGACCUGGGAGACCUAUCACUCCCACACGCUGUACCUUGGUGUCAUCAACGGGCCGACAGAGGGACUCUUGAUCGCUUGCAGCGUCAUGGCAAUUUCUGGUUACUUCGGACCGGGCAUCUGGACGGAGAGCAUCGUCGAUAUUGUCGGUGAGAAGAUGCUCUUCGGAUACGCACACCUUGUGGGCGACCUGUCCAUUCGUGACAUCUGGAUCGGCAUGAUCGUUGGCUCGCUGCUCCUAACCCACAUCCCCUUCUGCAUCUACCACGUCGUCAAGGCGCGCCGGAGCAAGAACCUUCCUGUUGCGCCGGUAUUUCUCGAGUGGACGCCCAUGGUCGUCUAUACCUUCGCGAUCGGCGCCUGGCUCUACUCGCCCUACUCGACCUUGAUGGCGGAGAACCAUCUCGUCCUUUUCUGCAUGACCAUGUCUUUUGUUUUUGGCCGCAUGACGACCAAGAUGAUCCUGGCUCAUCUGACGCGCCAGCCUUUCCCCUACUGGACCGUCAUGCUCACUCCCCUCGUAGGCGGAGCCAUCCUGGCGAACCUGCCACGCUUCGGUUUCGAGCCCAUCAGCGCCCAGAACGAGCUGUACUACCUCUGGGCCUAUUUCUUCUUUGCCAUGGCCGUCUACUUCCGGUGGGCAUACCUGGUGAUCACGAGCAUCUGCAACUUCCUCGGCAUCAACGCCCUGACGAUACCGUACGACAAGCAGAUGGAGAACAAGAGGCUCCACCAGGCGGCUGCCAACGGGGUCGCGAACGGCAAGAAGAAAGCGUAA